AUGGCAGAAGAAUAGCAAUUGAAUGAGGAUUCCAAAAGGAAUGCAGGUCAAAUGGGGGCCAAAGUAGUUCCACGAGGUUCAAAGGAAAUUUCUAACAUUCUGGGAGAUCGUAGGUCUUCUUACAAUAUAGAUGGGGUUGAUCGUGUAGUUGUGGAUGAAAUCACUGAUCAAAAGCUGGUUGGAAUUCCACUGAUAGAUAAGGUUGUCAUCAUUCUAGUUGUCCUCUUUACGUUACUGGUGUUCAUUAACUUCUCAUUUACAUCUAACGAUGCUAAAGAAGAUCCCGACAUAGAAAAGACUCUCUUUAUAACUAAAAUAAUUGAAUUAGUCAUUCUCAUUCUAUUUGUUUUAGAAAUUUCAAUCAGAUGUAUCGAUGUUGGACCCAUAACAUACUUUUCCGAUUUGUGGUCAGUCUUCGAUGCUCUCAUUAUAAUUGCUUCAAUCGUUUUGAUCAUUCUCGAUCUCAAUUUAGAAGGUGAUGCAUUUACUACGAUAAGCAAAGUUUUAAGAGGAAUCUUCAGAUUUUUAAGGCUAUUUUUAGUCUUUCGCAAAGUAAAUUUCUUUAAUAUUAUUUUCGAACAGUACAAUCAAGUCAAAAAGAUAAAUAAUGCCGGCACAAGAUACGUAGUUCGUUCCCCAGUCGAAAAAGUAAUAGAAAUAAUGAGGGAUCUUGCUGAUCAAUUCGAGGAUCCAGACAUUAUAAAACAAUUGAAUUGGGGCAUCACUCACAUAUCCAACAACACUGUCUAUGAACCCAUAAUAGAGGGUAAAAAGAGUGAAGCUUUGGGAUGGCUCUAUCAACAAUAAUAGCAACAACAUAUUUCUCAAGAUUUGAAGCGUUCAAUGUCAUCUGAUACAUAGUUUCCUGAUGAAUCUCAUCUGCCAGAAUAAUUAAAGCUGGAUUUCGAUUAAAACAUCUUGAAUCUAGAUUAUGAUUACUUUUCUCUCUUUUAAAAAUAUGAUAGUUCCAUACUGACCCAUUUGAUGUGUUACUACUUCCAACAAGAGUCAUUGUUCAGUAACUUGAGGAUCUCUCCAGAAUCUUUUAAGAAAUGUGUAGACAAAAUUGCAUUAAGUUAUCACAAAGAUAACUUAUACCAUAACGUAAUUCAUGCCUUUGAUGUCACUCAUACUGUCUAUUUCUUCAUUUAAAAAUGCAACUUCAAGGAAAUAGGAAAACUGACUAAAAUAGACUACUCUAUUCUCUUAAUGUCUGCUGCAGCUCAUGAUGCUGACCAUCCAGGCUUAAAUAACAUUUUCCUAUCCAACACUAGACAUGAUUUGGCUAUGACUUAUAAUGAUAAGUCUCCCCUUGAAUAACAUCAUGCAGCUACCUUGUUCAGAUACAUUAGAGAGACUGAUUUGUUGGUUCAUUUCACACUAUAAGAUUUUAAAUACUUUAGAGAAAAAUCAAUUAACAUGAUUCUAAGUACUGACAAUGCCAUGCAUGGAAAAGAUUAUAAUAAAUUGAAGGCAAGAUUGGCUUCAAAUGAUUUUGACCCUGGAUCUAAAGAUAAAGGGAUUUGUUUUGAUACUUUAUUACAUGCUGCAGAUAUCAGUAAUCCUUUCAAACCCAUGAAAAACUAUGAGUAAUGGACCUUUAGAGUUUUAGGGGAAUUCUGGCACCAAGGAGACAGAGAGAAGGAGUUAGGACUUCCAGUUACAAUGCUUUGUGACAGAAGGACAACGAAUGUUGCCAAAAGCUAAAUAGGAUUUAUUGACUUUAUGGUUCUCCCUUAUUAUAAUACUCUUUCACAAAUACUGCCACAAUUAUCUGAGUUCAUUGAGUAAAUCACAGAAAAUAAAAAGGCUUGGGCUGAAAAGAUAGAGCAUUAUCAAACUCUAUUAAAUACAUAAUGAAUUGUUAAUAUUUCUAAUUAAUAAUUGUUAGUAGUUAUUCUCAAUAAA